GCGUGUGUAUAUAAAGCAGCAUUGCUCGCCACGGCGGCCCGUCUGCUGGGGGUCACAGUCAGACAUGAGGAUGGACUUCAGCAAACCUCCCCCCUGGCUAUCCCUGCUGUGUGUCUGCUGUGUUCUACACGCCGCCACCUGCGCUGAAAGCGCCGACAGCAUGAAACAGAGGAAGCCUUUUUUCGAGCGGUUCCGACGCUUGGAGGAGCAGUUCCGUCGUUUCCAAGAACUGAGCCUGGCACGGUUGCAGAUCAUCUCCGAGAACUUCAACGCUUCUUCCACCGUGGAUCUCCGGCUGGAGAUACUGGCCGAGCAGUUCAGGAACAUCACGGCCACCGUGAGCGGCCUCCAGGCGGCCACCAGCCACGACAUCACCAGCCUCAAAUCAUGGGUCAAAAAGCUGCUGAAGGAAAACAAGAAGAUCGACCUGAAGAUGUCCACCUUGGAGAAAGUGGCGAACGAGAGGGGCAAGCAAGCGUGGACGGAGAAGAAGCAGCAGGGCGAGGUCACCUCCAACCUGAACAGCCAAGUGGAGGAACAGAGGCAGCAGAUCAGCGCCCUAACGGCGGGCAAGGAGCGGCUGCACAAGGCCAUGGACAGGAUGCAGGAGGACAUCAAGGAGCAACAUGUCCAAAUAGCCCGCUUCCAGCAGCAGAUGAAGAGCGCACUGCAGAAUGAUGCGCUCUCCGUCAGGCCCACCUCUCCGGACCGCGACCCCCCGGCAGCCCCGCCAGUCCAGCGAGCCAAGGUCCUCAACCAGUCGCCCAGUGGCGCGCAGAGGUCGCCCGCAAAAGAAGGGUCAAUCUGCAAUGUGAAAUCAAUGCUGCAUUUUCCCAAUUCUUCCACUGAAAACUAUGCAACAUUCAGCAAAAAUCUUUCCACUGGCCUAUUUGAAAUGACCAUCUGUUCUUGGGUCAGCACCAAGUCAAAUUAUUUAGGAACCAUACUGUCGUACGCCACGGAAGACAACGACAACAAAUUGGUGCUUCACGGCAGGAAUACCAGCAAACAAAGCAGCAUCCAUCUUGUAAUCGGAGAUCCAGCGUACCGAGAGCUUCCUGUGGAACCUCUCCUAGACGGCCACUGGCACCACCUCUGCAUUAUAUGGUCCUCCUUCGAGGGUAAGUACUGGUACUACAUAGACAGGCGUCUGAUAGCUGCUGGCUCCAAGUUUCAAAAAGGCUAUGAGAUCCCAGCUGGUGGAAUAAUUAUAGUAGGCCAGGAACAGGACAAAAUGGGAGGGGAAUUUGACCACACUGAGGCUUUUGUGGGGAAUUUGGCUGGAUUCACAAUUUGGAACCGCGCUUUGUCUCCUGGGGAAGUCUCAGGCAUUGCCACAGGAAAGGCUCUGCCUGGAAGCAGAAUUUUAACCUUCAAUGAUAUUUCCACUCUCAACGGCGCUAUUCAACAUGUUAAUUGUACAUGCUUAGAUCAUUGUUACUAAGCCAACUGUACUGUAUUGGGAUUCAUUCAACACUGCCUUCUACCAUAUACGGCUUUUGGCAAAUGCAAAGUGUAUUGUACGGGAAUUCAGUUGUAUUUUUCAUCUUUCACCUAUCUGAUUUACAACAAAAAAUGAUUUGAAUACUCUCAGAAACCAAGCAGUGAUUUUGUCUAACGUUUUGAUUGUAGUAUAACUGCAAACAUGUACUAUUAAAAAUAAAAGGCUUGUGACAUACAUGAAAAAAGUUCAACAUGUGUAAAGAUCUUCACCGAAUAUAAUUUAAGACCAAGUAUGAGGAUUCUGAAAUUUUAAUGCCUAAAGUAGCCUUGCAGAAUCUAUUUUUUGUAAAUACUUAUAAUUUAUAAACUUAAAUUGUGUCAUAUUAAUUGGAAAGCUGAUAAUUAAAUUUAAUUAUGUAUUAUAGUGCUUCCUUAUGAAGGCCUGAUCAUAUUUGUUGGUAUCCUGUGGUGACUCCUUACUGAAAUGCAUUAAUUAUACUUGUAUUUUUGUAAUAUAUUUUACUGAUAAACUGAU